AUGACGAGCUUCUCUCAUUUUCGACUUCAUGGAAAAAAAUCGAGAAUAUCGCCCAGUACGGAUGCGAUUAAGCAAGCCAAGGUCACGGUUGUACUCGGGGCCCAAUGGUGUGACGAGGGUAAACGCAAAAUUAUGGAUAUGCUGGCUGCUGAUGCGGACAUUGUCUGCAGAUAUCAAGGAGGGAGUAAUGCAGGGCACACGGUUGUUGUCAAAGACAUCAAAUAUUACUUUCACCUAGUGCCAAGCGGAAUAAUAAACACAAGAUGCAAAUCUAUAAUAGGCAAUGGAGUAGUCAUACGCUUGCCAGACUUGUUCAAGGAGCUCGAACAAAUCGAGGCACGAGGAUAUAAGGAUUGGAGGGAUCGAUUAAUUAUUUUCGACAGGGCUCACAUGGUUUUUGAUUUUCAUCAGCAAGUCGAUCAGCUGCAUGAGCUGAAUAGAGGAGCCGAGUGCUUUGGCACCACGCGAAAAGUUAUAGGGCCAGCCUAUGCGUGCAAGACUGCCAGAACUGGUAUUCGGCUAUCGGAGCUAUUAGGUAAUUACGACAAGUUCUCUGUCUGUCCCGACAUCGAAAGCCACCUCAAUCCCACUCUCAAAGUUGACGUGAACGACGAAUUGGAACGUUACAGAGAUUAUGCCCUUCGAAUCAGGCAUUUCGCGCGCGACUCCAUCAAGUACUUACACGAUGCAUUAACGUCGGGGGAGAGAAUUUUGGUCGAAGGUGCUAACGCUGCAUUAUUUGACUUGGACUUUGGCACGUAUCCAUACGUCACUAGCUCAAAGUGCAGUGUUGGUGGGGUUUGUACUGGUCUUGGCCUACCGCCAUCUGUAAUCGGUGAAACAAUUGCAGUUGUUAAAGCCUGUACGACUCGAGUUGGCAAUGGUCCCUUUCCGACCGAAUUAUUAAACGCAACCGGGAAAUUAAUACAACAACGCGGUGCCGAGUUUGGCGUUACGACGAAGCGAAAACGACGUUGCGGCUGGCUUGACGUAGCAUUAUUAAAAUUCACGGCUAUUAUAAAUGGUUACACGUCCAUCUGUUUGACAAAACUUGAUAUAUUAGAUACAUUGCCGACGAUCAAUGUUUGCAUCGCCCAUCGCAUGAAUGGUAAAGUAAUCGAUAGCCUCCUAAGUAGUACGGACGAGUUGGAAAAAGUUGAGCCUAUUUAUGAGGUUAUGGAAGGAUGGCAAUGUUGUACGGCAGAUGUGCGCUCGUUUGACAAUUUACCAUUAAAUGCGCAAAAGUACGUAAGGGUAUUGGAGAAGCACUUGAAUAUACCGGUUAAGUGGAUAGGUAUUGGUGCUGGUCGAGAAAGUAUUAUUAUUAACUGA